GCUCAGACCACGCCCAGGCCGCCUGCCUCCAGGAUGUUCCCGGAAGCAGACCCGCUUACCCUGGCAGAGUUGAUUGGUUGCAGUUUUGGACAGUGCAAGGGGUUUUUGUUAGUGUAGUUUGGGCAGAGAAGAUAAUGGCUGGGCAGGGUGUUCUGCGCGAACUGCUGGGCCCUUUGAACCCAUACAAGAGCGACGACGAGGAGGAGGACUGUGCUCAGGAGGAGGGGGAGCAGGACUCAGAGUUUGUGGAUGCCGAGGAGCUCUGCAGCGGGGGCAUCAAGGCGGGUAGCCUUCCUGGGCGAACGCGAGUGUCUAUUCCUGAUGAAAAUACUAAAGAAAAAUGUACCGUGUAUGGGCGUUUCCCACUCAAAGAUCCGUGGUGGCGCGUGAGGGUCCGGGUUGUGAAACACGCGCCGUCCUCCAAGAGCUACCAAGUUCAAGGCUUUCCGUCCUACUUUCUACAGUCUGAUAUGUCGCCACCAUAUCAAAAGUCUAUCUGUUCGCUUUUUCUUAAAGAAUGCAACUUUACUCCUGAGCGCAUACAGGAGUUUUUAAAGUGGGUAGAUAAAGUGUCAAGCUUUGAAAAUCUAAACUUUGAAAAUCUUCGAGAAACAUUUAGAAAUUUCUGCAGAGAAACCACAAAGAAAGAUAAAAUGCAGUCUACACAAAGUGACCAGGGCGAUGAGCAGAAACUGGAAAAAUCAUUCCCGUUUGUAAUUGCAAUGACGGCUUUGCAGUUCCCCAAAGUCAUGGAAUUCCUUCCAACGCUUUUUCCUCGACACUUCAAAAGUCUUAUCAGUUCCUGUUCUGAAACAGUGCUGGGGCACAUAGAAGAGGUCCUGGGGACACAGCCAUGGAAGCUCGGCUUCCGGAGGAUAACCUACAGAGAGAUGAAGCUGCUAUCCUGUGAGGCCAGCUGGACCUCAUUCAGUCAGUGCCCCUCGCUGCUCCAGCUGAUGACUGCCCUGCAGAAGAAUGCUUUGGUCCUGUAUUCUAAGCUGAGGCAGACAUGCAGAGAAGAUGGACACACGUACAUCGAAGUAAAAGACUUGACCUCGGGCUUGUCAGAGCAUAUGUCCUUCGAGGAAGCAUGUCAGUCUCUGGAAUUUCUGAGGACCAUUGACGUGAUAACCUAUGAGAAGGACUUCAUUUUUCUUUCUGAACUGUACCAGGCCGAGCAAGACAUCGCCUCCUUCAUAUGCGAGCUGAUGAACAGACCUCCAUGGCAUUUAAAAGUAGACGUGAGGAACGUCCUGGCGUCAAUUGGUGGUGCAAAGAGCACUGAUUCAGGAAGUACAGAGGCAGUGGAAGGGAGCAAGCCAGACGAGAUGGAGGUGGAGCUGGCGGUGGCGGCAGAGCAGGGUGACAGUGUUUUAGGUGCACAAGACAGCGGCGACCAUGUUAGAAGCAAUGGCGAACACGUCACCAGUGCAGAAAUAAACGGAGUCCCACUGGAUCGAGAUCAGGUGGUCGCCCUGGAAACGAUCUGCACCAAUGCGGUGACCGUCCUCAGCGGGAAAGGCGGCUGUGGAAAGACCACCAUUGUUAGCCGUCUUUUCAAGCACGUGGAGCAGCUGGAAGAAAGGGAAGUGCAGCAAGCCUGUGAAGACUUUGAACAAGACCAGGGGGCCUCAGAAGAAUGGCUUGACUUGCCUAAGCAGAGUCCAGCCGGGGUGGACAAGGCUAUAGAAGUUUUGCUCACCGCACCUACGGGGAAGGCAGCUGGCUUAUUGAGGCAGAAGACCCAUCUUCCGGCUUACACGCUGUGUCAGGUCAACUACAGCUUCUAUAUGUGGAAGAAAAAUGAGGCAGACAGGCCGUGGAAAUUCUCUACAGUUCGAGUUCUGGUUGUGGACGAAGGGAGUUUGGUGUCUGUAGCGAUCUUCAAAUCGGUUUUAAAGUUACUGCGUGAACACUCCAAACUGUCCAAGCUAAUAAUCCUUGGCGAUGUUAGACAGUUACCCAGUAUUGAACCUGGUAACAUGCUGCAGGAUGUUUUUGAGACUCUUAAGUCAAGACAGUGUGCCAUCGAACUAAAGACGAACCACAGGACAGAGUCUCAGCUGAUCGUGGACAAUGCCGCAAGAAUCUCCAGACGUCAGUUUCCAGAAUUUGAUGCAGAAAUAAACAUCUCUGAUAAUUCCACAUUACCCAACUCCAUUCAAGAUAAGACAUUCAUUUUCGUGAGACUCCCUGAAGAGGACAGCAGUUCUCAGUCGUCUAAAGGCAAACACCAAGCUAAUUUAUAUUCUGCAGUUAAAACUUUGCUUCAAGGGAAGGACUUCUGCAGUCCUGAAAGUGCAAAAACAUCGCAAUUUAUUGCAUUUAGAAGGCAAGACUGUGACCUCAUCAAUGACUGCUGCUCCAAGCACUACACAGACCACCUCAUCCAAGACCAUAAGAAGAAGCUCGUCUUUGCCGUUGGUGAUAAGAUCUGUUGUACCCGGAAUGCGUACCUCUCAGAUUUACUCCCUGACAGAGACCAGGAAGCCAACGGGAAAGGCUUUGGAGAUGCCCCAGACGAUAAUGCUAAAGGCAAACAGGAUUUUGAAAGUAGCAUACGGCUGUGCAAUGGGGAGAUAUUUUUCAUAACACGGGAUGUAACUGACGUAACUUCCAAAAGAAAAAGACUUUUGACCAUUAGUAAUGACGCUGGAUUGGAAGUGACUGUGGACUUUAACAAACUAAUGACAAACUGUCAGAUAAAGCACGCCUGGGCAAGGACCAUUCACACUUUUCAGGGGUCCGAGGAGAAAACAGUCGCCUAUGUAGUGGGGAAGGCAGGCCGCCAGCACUGGCAGCAUGUCUACACUGCGGUGACCAGGGGCCGUUCCAGGGUGUACAUCAUCGCAGAAGAGUCUGAACUCAGGAAUGCCAUCCGGAAGCGCAGUUUCCCCAGGCAGACGCGUCUGAAACACUUCUUGCAGAAGAAGCUCUCCAGCAGCUGUACCUCCUCAGAGGGUCUGCCAUCUCAGCCUUCGAGCCCUAGAGUAGGAGGAAGACCUGACACACAGCCUCUGGCGUCACCCCUGUGUACAACCCCAAGCAGCAAAGCUACCGCAAAUAGCACCAGGGGUGAAGCGUCUCCAGCCACAAAGGAGAGGUUCGCCUUGGAUGGAAGAUGGCUGUCAACUUGUUUUAGUGACAUGGAUACAGAUGAGGAGUCAGAACAGCUUAGAGGGUCCAAAAGAACAGGCGAUGGCUUCCCAUUUGAAGAAGAAAGCCCCAGUAAAUUCCGUAUGGUUGAAGAAUCAUCUCCACAAGUGUCUUCUAUAUUUCAGAGUCUGAGGUUGAAUAACUUAACUCGCAGACAGCUUUUCAAACCCUCUGACAAUCAAGAAACAGCUAAGUCAGGUGUGGUGGAUCACACCAACGAUGCCAGCAAUCAGGAGACUGAGCCCUGAGGAUUCACGUUCAGGGCCAGCCCGGGCAGUAUCACAAGACCCUGUUCAGACCAUACCACCACCCACAAAAACCUCAAAACAGAAAAAAAAUAUUUACUUCGUGUUGCUCAAGAAUUUUUUUUUUACCUCUUUCAAGACAAGAUGAACAUUUUAGCUUCAAAGUUUCAAGCUUCGAGAGGGCAGCCAUCACUGGGCAUUUUAGUUUGGGGCGUUUGUAUUUUGGGCACAUGACCCAAAAUAAGAUUUUUAUGUUAUUUUUAAACCUGAGUUUAAAAGGGGAUAUUUUAAAUCCACCCAUUCCAAGCAAACUGAGGAUUUCCGCCUCCGUCCUCAUGAGAGCAGUGAAUAGGGGACGCAGCUAGGGGGAAGAUGCGUGAAACACUCCCAUGUUAGGGGCUGCUGGACCCUUUGUGAUAAUGCCACGUGAUCACUGUGGAUCCCCUCUGCCAGCGCUCUGAACCAGCAAAGGUGGACUGAUCGUACCUGCUGAUGGUAACACAUUUAAGUUUGUCACAGCAUCCCUGCCGCGAUGCUGUGGCCGUCACUCCAUCCCGGCGCCUGGGACUCGGUGCACUUGGGACUUGGAUAUGCCUUUCUGAAUUGGGAGUGAGUUUUGCAUAUAUCCUAUUGUAGGGAGCCUUUCUCUUAAAGCAGAUUGAUUUUUAAGUAUUUAUUGCCAAGUGGUUCUGUGAAGGUGUCUCCCCAGCCCUGGGUGGGUUUUACCGUGGCAGUGGAUGCCUGGUCAAAGUGGCUUUUUGCUGUCUUGAGUCCUUUUGGCCAUUGUUGCUGUGGGAGAGCCUCACUAGUUGUGUAUACCUUGUCUUUCCAUCCCUCUGAUUACAGUUCUUAGUAGGUUGCUUAUAAGUUAUCCCUCUCCAACAGCUCAGGUCAUGGAAACUUCUAGCCAGUGUAUGCACAUCGUGUUUUUUUUAUAUACGCUGCUGUUUACCUCUUGGACUGUCAGAACAGUACAAAGAGAAUUUUUCUAUCUUUCCUCCUCCUUUUUGUGCUGGGACUGAAGCCAAGGACUCGUGCCUGCUAAGAAAGCACUUUACUGCUGACUUUCAUUCCUGGUCCUAAACAUGACUUUUAUAUGUACCAGGAAGUAGACAGAACCAAUCAUGUUAUCCAUCUGAUUGUAACUUUGUUUUUAUUGUUGUGCUCUGGACUGAUCUGCAGCAUUUCAGAUAGAUGUUUUUGUGAGAAAUAAAUUCUUUAUUCUUUUACUAAA